AUGGUGGAACCGUCGACCGAUUUUUAUUCUGCAUGCCGUAUAGGUGAUAUAAGCAUGGUAAAAAGAUUAUUGAAAACUUUACCGAUAAGUGAAAUAAAUAGAAAAACAAAUGGCAGCACACCAUUGCAUGUUGCAUGCUAUCGUGGUCAUACGGAUAUCGUUCGACUAUUAUUACAACUGGACGGUAUCGAUAUAUCAACAAAAAACGACUAUGAAUGUGUCGCAUAUGAGGAAGCGGCAAACAAUGAAAUAAAAUGGUUGUUUGAAGAAUUGUAUUAUUCUAAUGAAACAGUAAAUUCGCUCUUCGGUAUUAUGGAUAAAAUUGAAUGGUUUGACGCUUAUCAAAACGCCUAUAGAAUCGCCUCCGAAAAUCAUAAAUAUAUGAGGAGAUGGCUAACGAAAAUUCCUUUAAAAACUUUACUCAUUGAAAUAGAUGAAGGGUAUAUCAAUAUUUUGGGACUGAAAAAGCCAGAUUAUGAAAAGAUUAAGAAUCAGAUGAGACAGGCAAUUGAUUAUAAUGAUCCAAUACCUUUAAUACGAGUGUAUACGUCAUCGCAACAAUUCUCUUUACGAUUAAAUAAAGACUUGGCUAAACUUGGUUCCGAUUUCCGGUUUAGAAACACUGAAAGCUACAGGGAUAAUGAACCGCCUAAAAGUCUCGGUCAAUAUUUAUUUGCCACUAUUUUUAUUAAUCAUCCGAAAUUUGAGGAAUUUCAACAUUCUGGUGUAACAUAUCGUGGAAUGACUAUAAAACAAAAUGAUUUUGAACAAUAUAGCUCUGGUUCAUGGAUGAUGACACGAUCAUUUCUGUCAACUUCGAAAUGUCGAGAGGUCGCAAGUGUUUACGCCACUGGUUAUAGCCGACAAUCGUUCAGGGACGGUCAUAGGUUAGCUUUACCUGUCAUAUGCAUUUAUCAUACAAAAAAUCCCCGUUCUAGUCUUGAUGUGUCGAAGGAAUCACUGUAUCCAGACGAAAAAGAAGUUUUAAUUAUCCCAUUUGUUGUAUUUAAAGUUAGAAGUAUCCGUGAAAAGAUUGAUGAUGAAAUAACAGAAAUCGAUUUAGAAGAAUAUGACUUUGCUGAAACUUCAUGA